AUGACUGACCGGAACCACGUCGGCACCUAUGUCGCGCAUGUGAUCACUGACCCUCGUACUCUCGACCGCGCCGUGAUUGUAUGGGAAGACCUGCUAACGCGUCAUGAGGUGCUCGAGAUCGGGGCUCGCUUUUUAUCUGUGGAGGACCUGCCGACCGAGCAACCCGUUGCCACCCCAGAGGAGCUGGUAGCCGCCAUGGCGAAGGGGAGAGCAGAACUGGAGCUGGACCCUACCAGCAAGUCGGGAGGCCUCAAGCUUUACCCAAACGAGUAA